ACAGUGUUCAGAGGGUGUGGAAACAAGAGCUUUCUUUUCCAUUCCAUUUGAUUGAAUUCUUCUGAUUUUCCCUGAGUGAGUCAAGCUGUCCAGCAUGUCGCGAAACAGCUUUGUCUUCACAUCCACGGCUUUACACUCCCUUCAAGUGGAUGAGGACAUCCUGGAAAGACACAGGUACAAGCAGCGUUUGGCCUCCCAUCACCUUCUUAGCUAUAGGUUGAAGAAGGAAGCCAGCGAGAGAGUGCCACUGAGGACCAGCACGUUCCAGAAGCCGGCCGUGUGCCGAGACGUGGUUAUCCAAAAUGCGGUAUAUACGGGCGACCUGGAGGCCAUGCAGCGCCUCUUUCCUCGAGGAUCCACGGCCAGCCUCAUCAUUGAGCCGCAGGGAGGGGAGAUGCGAUGGGUUGGCCGGGGGGAGGGACUUUGGUCGCUGACCUACGAGCAGGAGCUGACAACACCGCUUCACAUCACAGCCGGACGAGGCUUUGCGGACUGCCUGAGGCUCCUGCUGCAACGUGGAGCCAGUAUAGACCUGGCACCUGGUGGCAUCACCGCCUUGCACGAAUCCUGCGCCAACUGCGAGUCUGAGUGUACCAAACUGCUGCUGGUCCACGGCGCCAAUGCCAACGCCGUCUCAGAGGAUGGCCGCAUGCCUUUGCACUUGUGCACGACACCUGAAUCAUUUGAAUGUGCCAAGCAUCUCCUUCAGCAUGGUGGAGCCAUCAAUGGACGCACUGUAGAUGAAGACGACACCCCUUUACAUGUGGCAGCCAGGAACGGCCUGCCAAAUCACGUAGAGCUUUACCUACGCUACGGAGCGGCCGUGGACAAACAGAACGAUGAAGGUCUCACACCCCUGAACGCCGCCUGCUCUCAGCCGCAGGAGCUGCAGGACCUCCAACGUUACUUCAAGGUGUGCCAGCUGCUGCUGAAGGCAGGAGCUGACCUCCACACCACGGACCGAGACAAACACACCCCUCUGCACAUGGCGUGUAAGAACGUCAAUGCAGACUUGGUGGAUCUGCUCUUGGCCAACGGGGCCUGCGUUAAUAACAUGGACUAUGGCGGCGAAGCUCCCAUGCAUAACAUCCUGAAGGUGGUGUGCUACAAGAUCUCCCAUAGUCCUGAGCGGGUUGUCCGUGCCCUGCUCAACCACGGCUCUAUUCGGGUGUGGCCUGGAGCACUUCCCCUGGUUUUGAAGCACUGCUCCAAGUCGCCACGCACCAUUGAAGUUCUGCUCAACGCCUACAGUCACCUCAAAGUCAACGACACCUGGGUCGAGGCUGUAUCCCCUGAGGUGUUUAAGGAGCACAAGGAGUUCUACGAGUCUGUAUUCUCCCUUGAACGGACUCCUCGUUCCCUGCAGCACUUGGCUCGCUUCAGACUCAGGGCCUUCCUGGAGGGUCAGCUGCAAAGUGUGGUUCCAAAACUGGACCUGCCUACCUUUCUCAAGAAGUACUUGCUCCUGGAUUACAGAGGUUAUGUCCACUAAAGCACUUUUAAAGCACUGAGGAAAAAGUCACCUGCUGCUAGAAAACCAAUAAUGCACAAGUUAAGAGAUGAGUCAUCGUACAUUACCUCCAGCUUUUAGCACAGUUUGGGUUUUCACCACUAGAGGGAGCUACAGACUAGAUGUGAUGAAGUACUGGCUGUGCCGUUUCAGGUGUGUGCUGUAUUCAUCAUUUAACAAAUGCACUUGUUAGUCCAUGAAGAGCGUUAGUCAGCAAUCAUUUUCUACUUAAUAAUUCUAUAGAAUUAAUGUGAAUGUGAACACACGUGUCCCACUUUGAGGUUGCCUAAUAAUUCCCGGCCAUAUAUGAUUGUAACUUUUAUAUAGUAUGUUACUUAUUUUCAGGAAAAAUACACCCUUUUGGACAGUUUAAUGCACUUGUUUUCCGUUUCAUUUUUUUUUUUAAGUUUCGGGCAAAAUGGGAUUGUGCUCAAAACAGCUCAAGCUCAAAAUAUUUACAGCUGUAUACAGAUAUGUCUCAGUAAUAUGUAUAUUUUUAAAGUAAAAUACACAUUUAUUUUUGAAAAAGUUAUUUUAAAAAAAAGUUGCAGCAUAUUUUUAUAAGUAUCUGGCAACUUAAAUGAUCAUGUGACAAAUGUGAUUAUUUUUUCCCACUUUGCUCAAAUUUGACGGGUUUGUCUUCUUCUUAUUAUCAUAAUUAGAUUAUUAUUAAUUAUUAAUUCGAUUAUAUAAUAAUAAUUUUACAACAAAAAUCAGUUGUCUUUUGAAACUGUGAAAACAAAUGUAUAUUCAGUAGCACCACAUAAAAAGAGAAUCCCUAAUACAAAACGAGUGCAUCUCAGCAUGUCCUCAGCGGAGAGGUGCUGCUGAAGUCACAUGAUGUGAUGCUCAGCAUUCGGCUGGCCUUGGCCCUCCACCGCUAAUCAGGGUGGGUUGUGAUAUUAUGUUGAUGUCUUCAGUGCAAUCAGACGAGACGUUGGAGGAGAGCUUGGCCACCCCGGACUCAAUAGGGCUAAUCAUCAGCUCCCAUGGCCAUUUACUAGAUAAAAUGAUCUGUCAUUAAACCCAUGCUUAAAGAUGAAAGAACACAACACAAGAGCAGAUGUAAAAAAAAAAAGUCUUCUUUUGGUUCAUUUAACAGAUAAAAUUAGGUGAAAGUUGAGCGUACCGAUUGAAAUGAAGUCACUUGAAAUCUUCAGCCCCCCUCCCUAAUUUGACUUUGGCUAUAGAACAUGUUGCAAACCCACGCUGCAGUUGACCUGGCAUACACGCCUUUUAUGUGAAUCUAAUUUUCCCAAAGUAUCUCUCUCUAGGGGACAAUUGUUGCAGCACUUCUUUAUCCGGGGCCAAACACAUUGUUUUGGGGCCCCGGAGAAUAGGCCUG